UCAGUCUUUUUCAUUCAAUAUGAAUAAUUACCACAAUAUCAACUUCUCAACUACACAAAAAGUUGUUUCAUUCAGGUAUUGAUUACAGUUCAUCAUAAAACUUGCAUUAUUGUUUGUUUUGAAUGUGUGAUAUGACAAGGUAUUUUUAUUUUCAGAUAACCAGCUGCUAUUACAUCGAACGUGAAGAUGACUCCUAGACCUCAGGGAUUACAAGUUGACGAGAGUGUCACUGGCCUACAAGUCACUCCAGGCUUCGCCAAUAACUCUACUCAAACCGAAGCAGUAGAAACUGCAACAACUGGCAUACAAACUAUUUCGAAAGCAGUUGAUACCGGAACUCAAACCAUUGGCUGUUGCAAGUGCAACUGUGCAAAUGUCAUACAAACUGUUGGUGCCGCGACUCAGACUCUUGGUUGUGCGAGCUACAAGAGAAGUGAAUCGAACUUAAAAAAAGCUGGUUCAAGCUUGAAGAAGAGCGAAUCUAGCAGUAGUUUGAAGGAGAUGUUCUCGAAGAUACGAGUUGACCUCAAGUCGGCCUUAGAGUUGAAUGAUGUUGAGGUUGACACUAAGGAAGCCGUCAAGAAGGUGGAUGUUGUUGGCGAUGAGAAAAAACCUGCAAAGAUGUCACUAGUAAUUACACCCCCACCGCCACUCACCGCCAUGCCAGUACUGGUGGAGAAAUCUUUGCUGCCAAAUUUUGUUCACAAGGACGCCGAAGGCAAGCCAGCAGCUGAUGUCAAGGUCACAGCUGUUCCACCGCCACCUCCUCUGAAAAUGGGAGCUAUUCCCCCGCCUCCCCCUCUGCCAAUGGGAGCUAUUCCCUCACCAACCCCUCUGCCAAUGGGUGCUAUUCCCCCGCCACCCCCUCUGCCAUUGGGUGGUAUUCCCCCUCUGUCAAUGGGAGCUAUUCCCCCGCCACCACCUCCUCCGAUGAUGGGUGCCUCCACUUUCCCCAGCAUGAAGCCAGGCGUUGAAAAUGCAGUGUUGAGGAAAAGCAAGACAUUGCUGCAACAGAGCACAAUCAAGAUGAAGACCCUCAACUGGACCAAGGUUCCCAAGCAGAAGAUUGCAAAAUCAUUGUGGUCAGACUCGGAAGUACAACUGCCAGUUCUGAAAGUGGACUUUACGAAAAUGGAGGAGCUGUUCUGCCAGAAACAGCCGACCAAAUCAGCUGAUGCCAACAAAAAUCAGCUGGCAGAGAAGAAGGUGCAGAAAGUGAAUCUGUUGGACAGCCAGCGCAGUUUCCUGGUCAACAUAUUCCUCAAGCAAUUCAAGGAAGAUGUUGGGUUUGUCCUGGACUCGAUUAAAAAUGGCGCUGGUCUACCUGUGGAGAACCUGAAAUCGUUGAUGAAACUCAUGCCCGAAAAGAAAGAGAUUGCUGAAAUACGCGGUUAUGCCAGCAGCAAAAACCUUGGGGAAGCUGAGAGCUUCUACCUGCAUCUGUCUGACAUCGCUGACUACGAACUGAGGGUGCAGGCAAUGCUCUACAAAGCAGAAUUCCAUGAACGAUACACUGACGCAUCUGAGCAUGUGGAGAAAGUGAUUGAAACCUGCGAGUUCCUCAUCAAUGAUUGCAGUCUCAAGCAGUUCUUGUUGCUCAUCCUGCAACUUGGAAAUAAACUGAAUGCUGGAACAUAUGCUGGUGAUGCAGCUGCGAUCAAGAUCAGCUCUCUGGCAAUGCUGGCUGACACAAGAGCCAAUAAGCCAAAGAUCUCAUUUCUGCACUAUGUGGUUGAUGUGGCUGCAUCCAAUGAUGCCAGUAUGCUAGCAUUCAGAAGCAAGGUUGCCGAUUUCCAGAGAAUGUCAAAGACACCGUUUGCAGCCCUUGAAGGGGAUGUGAAUUUAUUGGUGGAGGAAUUUUAUGACAUCAGUAAAAGAAUCAAAUCGAGUAGAGUGUCUUCUCAAUUCGGUGAUUUCUUCCACAAUGCGAAACAACAUGUGGAUUGUCUUGUCAAGAAAAUGAGAAAAAUUCGAGAGGUGAAAUCUCAACUGGCAGUUCACUUGUGUGAGGAGCCUGCUGCUUUCCAGCUGAAUGACUGCUAUCAGCUAUUUGCUGACUUCUUCACCAAAGUCAACAAAGUUAUGCAAGAAAACGAUCAGAUGAAGAAAUCUGAGGAAAAAGCUGCAAGAUUAAAAGCUGAAAAGUCGACCAACAACAAGGUUGUAAAAGCGAAGAGAAGAACAUUAGACAGCGAAGUCGAACAGCUCAUCAACGAAGCAAAAAAUGGGGCAUACUAGAUGGAGUAACUACUGGAUCAAGGUGCUAGGAGUAAUAGCAUCAAUGGUUCAACACACUAAGAAGUCACCAAGUUAGCUAAUUCCUCAAUGACAAUAGACAAUGGAUUGUCUUGAUCUGAUGAGUUGAUAUGUAAAUAUUUAUUGAAUUUCUAAUGUCUAGUCCAGAGUCUUAUAUACUUUUACUUUUUAUAUACUAACAACGAAAGUUGUCUUUAAUUUUAUUCAACUCGCUAAUAUUUUAGAAAGUCACAAUUAAUAUUUAAUUAAUUCACAGUUAAUAUUUAAGUCACAACGACGAUAGACAAUAAUUUAUUGUCUUAUUCUGAUUAUGUAUAUGUAAAUAUCUGUGUAUCUAUUUUUCAGGUUUUGAAUUUUUAUAGUUGAUUUUAUAUUAGUUUUUGA